UCCAUGGUUUCUGCCCUUUUAAAGAGCCUGAUCUCAUCUUACAUAUAUAAGAUUUACAAAGGAAUGUUUACAAAGAAAUUGGGAAAUAGUACAAAAAAGAAAGAGAGUUCUCAGAGCAAAAAGGAACAAGACUUAACCCAGGUUGGACAGACAAAGAAUCCAAAGUUUUCAAAUACUUUGAAAAGCACCGUUAAAAAGAUUGCAAAGUGUCCAUCUGCUCGCAACUUGUCAACUGAAGAAGAGGAAGGUAAUAAAGAAUUUUCACUUUCUCCAACAUUCAGUUACAGAGUUGCUAUUGCCAAUGGACUACAAAAGAGUAUUUUUGUAACAAACAAUAAUAAUGAGGAAUUAUUUCAAGAUAUCUCUUCAAAUGAUAGUUCGUAUUCUGAGUCAUUAAGUGAAGUAAAGAGUAGCAGCAGGAAAAAGGAGUAUUUAUCACAUACAAUGCCUGUGAGACGCAACAGAAAGAGUUUGAGCAGUCUUGCUCCAUCAGAUGGGAGUUCUGAUGGCGAACGUACUUUGCAUACCCUAAAGCUAGGAGCUUUACGAAAACUAAGGAAAUGGAAAAAGAGCCAAGAGUGUGUCUCAUCGGACUCAGAGCUGAGCACAUGGAAGAAAACAUGGGGCCUAAGAAGCAAGUCGUUAGACAGAACUGGUCGUCACCAGAAAUCCAAUGCCCUGGAACCAGGCUUUAGUUCAACUGGGUGUAUUAGUCAAACGCAUGAUGUUAUGGAAAUGAUCUUUAAAGAACUUCAGGGAAUCAGUCAAAUUGAAACAGAACUUUCUGAAUUAAGAGGACACGUAAAUGCUCUGAAACAAUCCAUUGAUGAAAUCUCUAGUAGCGUAGAAGUUGUACAAAGUGAAAUUGAACAGUUGAGAACUGGAUUUGUACAGUCACGAAGGGAAACUCGAGACAUACAUGACUACAUUAAACAAAUAGGCCACCCAGGAAACAAAGCAAGUCUUAGGUUUUUAAAUGUGACUGAAGACAGGUUUGAAAAUAUUGAAAAUGUGGUUUACAGAAUUUUAAUAGACAGAAUGGGGUUCUCAGAGGCACAAAACACGAUUAAAAUUGAAUUGGCCCAUAGAUUAGGGCAACAAAGAGACUGUCCCAGUGCAAAGCCUAGACCUAUACUUGUAUACUUUGAAACAGCACAACAGAGAGAUUUAAUUUUAAAAAAAUCUUAUAAACUUAAAGGAACCGGCAUUGGAAUUUCUACAGAUAUCCUUUCCCAUGACAUGAGAGAGAGAAAAGAGAGAGGACUGCCUUCCUCUCAGACAUAUGAAAGUAUGGAUAUGAAACCAGAGCCAAAAACUAAAAAACAUGACUGGGUAUCACCUGAUGACAGUGAUAAAGAGCUGGAAUCCGAUAUAAAUAGGAAUAGUUAUGCAAAGAUAUCAAAAUCAGCAUUUCAGAUAAAAGUGAGCACUACAAAGGGAAGUGUGGAGUCUCCAAAUACCAGAAUCCAAAGUAGGACUGUUGAUGGCAGCAUCUUUCCAAAUAAAACAAAUUAUGGUGAACAGUCACCAGAAUUUGACAAUGUGGAUAAGCAAUCAAAGACCUACUAUUCAGAUAUGCCACCUGUUUGGCAUUCACAGAAUGAUUUUACAACUCCUAAACUUAGCCGUUCGGAGUCGGAUUUUUCAAAAUUGUGUCAGUCUUACUCUGAGGAUUUUUCUGAGAAUCAGUAUUUUAGUAGAACUAAUGGCAGCUCACUAUUGUCUUCCUCGGAUCGAGAGCUUUGGCAGAGAAGGCAAGAUGAAACGUGCAACUGGUAUGGUAGCUCACAAGAUCAGACUUUUAACCAAGAUAUGCAGCCUUAUCCAGAGCAAAAUGAAGCUGAAAACACUGAAACAGUUGACAGUGGUGUAAGCAAUGGAAUAAUGUGUGUAUCUGGAGACAGAAGCCAUUAUAGUGAUUCUCAGCUCUCCUUACAUGAUGAUCUUUCACCAUGGAAAGACUGGAAUCAGUUAGAUCAAGGCACAGACUUGGGCCUAGAUUCAUCCACACAAGAAGCUUUUGCUUAUGAUAUGAGCACCCCUUCAGACCAACAAAUAGAUUUUGGAAAGUGCCAAAGUUCUGACCUCCAGGAUGACACUGAAAGCUAUGACUUUACCCUUGAUGGUAAUUCUCCAUCAUGUCCCGGCCUCGACAGUGAAACACAAAGUCAGUGGAUCAGCCAAUAUGAUGAUUAUCAGGAAACAAAUUCUAAUUCCCUUUAUCAAAAUCAAAACAGAUUGCCCAUGAUGUAUCGAAGUCAAAGUGAACUACCAAGUGAUGAAUCGGAGGAAGCACCUCCUAAAUCAUGGCAUAGUCGACUAAGUAUAGACCUUUCUGACAAGACAUUCAGCUUUCCUAAAUUUGGAUCUACACUUCAGCGUGCUAAAUCAGCCCUGGAAGUGGUCUGGAACAAAAGCACACAAAGUUUAAGUGGAUAUGAUGAUAGUGGGUCAUCUUUUAUGGGGAGAUUUAGGACUUUAUCCCAGUCUACUGCUAAUGAAUCAAGCACAACACUCGAUUCUGAUAUUUAUACAGAGCCUUGUUAUUACAAAGCAGAGGAUGAGGAAGAUUUAAGUGAGCCAGGUGGUGAGAAUGAAACAGAUUACGUAGAAGUAAUGGAACAAGUUCUUGCUAAACUAGAAAAUAGAACUAACACAAAUGAAACUGAUGAACAGGUUCAGGAGUAUGAACUUGAACAGUUUUCAUAUGAAACUCCAUACGCAACACUACAAGAAGAUGAAUAUGACAAGCAGUUUGACAACCUGACCAUCGAAGAAGGGUUGGAACCUGCAGAAGAUAUAGCUGCUGAAACAGAAAUCAGGGAAGAUGAAAAUCAAAAUAUCCCAGUGAUGCCUAUUGAAAUGACAAAGAAAAAGAGAAUACGCCCAUCAUUUAAAGAAGCUGCUUUAAAAGCCUACAAGAAGCAAAUGAGUGAGUUGGAAGAGAAGAUCCUUGCUGGAGAUAGCAGUUCUGUGGAUGAAAAGGCUCGAAUAGUAAGUGGAAGUUCUUUGGAUGCUUCCAAGUUUUAUGCAAUCCAGGCAUUUGGCGGGCCUGGCCGUGGACUGUAUGGAAUUGACAGCAUGCCAGACCUGCGUAGAAAGAAAAGUUUUCCCAUCGUUCGAGAUGUGGCUAUGACACUUGCUGCCCGAAAGUCUGGUAUAUCCCUGGCCAUGGUUAUCCGGACUUCCAUAAACAAUGAAGAAAUGAAAAUGCAUGUUUUCAAAAAGACAUUGCAGGCUUUAAUCUAUCCAAUCUCAUCAACCACUCCUCAUAACUUCGAAGUGUGGACAGCUACAACUCCCACAUACUGUUACGAAUGUGAAGGUCUCCUUUGGGGCAUAGCCAGACAAGGCAUGAGAUGCACUGAAUGUGGUGUCAAAUGUCAUGAGAAGUGCCAAGACCUCCUAAAUGCUGACUGUUUGCAGAGAGCUGCAGAGAAGAGUUCUAAACAUGGUGCAGAAGAUAAGACCCAGAAUAUUAUUACUGCUAUGAAGGAAAGAAUGAAGAUUAGGGAGAGAAAUAGACCAGAGGUAUUUGAAGUGAUCCAGGAAAUGUUCCAGAUUUCCAAAGAAGAUUUUGUGCAAUACACAAAGGCAGCAAAACAGAAUGUGUUGGAUGGAACAUCCAAGUGGUCAGCAAAAAUAACCAUCACAGUGGUUUGUGCUCAGGGUUUACAAGCUAAGGAUAAAACAGGCUCAAGUGAUCCAUACGUUACAGUACAAGUUGGCAAAACCAAACGGAGAACUAAAACUAUCUUUGGAAACUUGAAUCCAGUAUGGGAUGAAAAAUUUUAUUUUGAAUGCCAUAACUCCACAGACAGAAUAAAAGUAAGAGUCUGGGAUGAAGAUGAUGACAUUAAAUCUAGAGUAAAGCAACAUUUCAAAAAGGAAUCAGAUGACUUUCUGGGACAAACAAUCAUUGAAGUGAGAACACUAAGCGGAGAAAUGGAUGUAUGGUACAAUUUAGAAAAACGAACAGAUAAAUCAGCUGUCUCUGGUGCCAUUAGGUUGAAAAUCAACGUUGAAAUAAAAGGAGAGGAGAAAGUUGCUCCAUACCAUGUGCAAUACACAUAUUUACAUGAGAACCUAUUCCAUUAUUUGACUGAAGUUAAAUCUAAUGGUGGUGUAAAAAUCCCUGAAGUGAAAGGAGAUGAAGCCUGGAAAGUAUACUUUGAUGCUGCUGCACAGGAAAUUGUAGAUGAAUUUGCAAUGCGUUAUGGAAUUGAAUAUAUUUAUCAAGCUAUGACGCACUUUUCAUGUCUGUCUUCUAAAUACAUGUGUUCUGGAGUUCCAGCAGUGAUGAGUACCUUGUUGGCCAACAUAAAUGCUUUUUAUGCUCACACUACAGCUACAACUAAUGUGUCUGCCUCAGAUCGUUUUGCUGCUACCAACUUUGGUAGGGAAAAGUUCAUAAAACUGCUGGAUCAGUUGCACAAUUCACUGAGGAUUGACCUAUCUAAAUACAGGGAUAAUUUUCCUGCCAGCAAUUCUGAAAGGCUUCAAGACCUGAAAUCAACAGUAGACCUGCUAACCAGCAUUACUUUUUUUCGAAUGAAGGUCCUGGAAUUGCAAAGUCCACCUCGAGCCAGUAUGGUGGUUAAAGACUGUGUCAGAGCUUGCUUAGACUCUACCUACAAGUAUAUUUUUGACAACUGCUAUGAACUCUAUUCCCAGCUAAUGGAUCAGGGUAAGAAGCAGGAAGUUCCUCGGGAAGAACAGGGACCAACCACUAAGAAUUUGGAUUUUUGGGCCCAACUCAUUACUCUGAUGGUUACCAUCAUUGAUGAGGAUAAAACAGCAUACACGCCUGUCUUGAACCAGUUCCCUCAAGAGCUGAACAUGGGAAAAGUCAGUGCUGAAAUCAUGUGGACUCUGUUUGCCCAGGAUAUGAAGUAUGCUCUGGAAGAACAUGAAAAGCAGCGGUUAUGCAAGAGCACAGAUUAUAUGAAUUUGCACUUCAAAGUGAAAUGGUUUUAUAAUGAGUAUGUGCGAGAACUCCCUGCCUUACAGGAUGCAGUGCCCGAGUAUUCUCUAUGGUUUGAGCCUUUUGUCAUUCAGUGGUUGGAUGAAAAUGAAGAUGUCUCAAUGGAGUUUCUUCAUGGAGCACUGGAAAGAGACAAAAAAGAUGGAUUCCAGCAAACAUCAGAUCAUGCCCUUUUCUCUUGCUCUGUGGUAGAUGUCUUCACACAACUCAAUCAAAGCUUCGAGAUUAUCAAGAAACUGGAGUGCCCUAAUCCUGAAGCACUGUCUCAUUUAAUGAGAAGAUUUGCGAAGACUAUCAACAAAGUGCUCCUUCAGUAUGCUGCAAUUAUUUCAAAUGACUUCAGUUCAUACUGUGAUAAAGAAAUUUUGCCCUGUAUCUUGAUGAACAAUAUCCAGCAGUUGCGAGUCCAGCUUGAGAAAAUGUUUGAGUCUAUGGGAGGAAAAGAGCUGGAUCCUGACGCUAGUGUUGUUCUCAAAGAACUUCAGGUGAAACUCAGUAGCGUACUGGAUGAGCUCAGCAUUGCCUAUGGCGCAAGUUUCCAGCUUGUUAUUGAGGAGUGUGUGAGACAGAUGAGCUUUGAGCUAAAUCAGAUGAGAGGAAAUGGAAACGUAUCGGCCAAUAAGAACAAUGCAGCUAUCGAUGCUGAGAUUGUGCUGCGACCUCUCAUGGAUUUUCUGGACAAAAUUUUAAGUCUCUCUGCAAAAAUCUGUGAGAAGACAGUUCUGAAACGGGUUUUGAAAGAGCUGUGGAAAUCAGUCCUGAACAAAAUAGAAAAACAAAUUGUGCUUCCACCAUUGACAGACCAAACCGGGCCCCAGAUGAUAUUUAGUGCUGCUAAAGAUCUUGGACAAUUGUCGAAGCUGAAGGACCACGUCACUCGAGAGGAAACUAGAAGUUUGACAUUGAGGCAAUGUGCAAUAAUGGAGGUAGCACUAGCUACAAUUAAGCAAUACUUUCAUGCUGGAGGAAAUGGGCUGAAAAAGAAUUUCUUGGAGAAGAGCCCAGAUCUACAGUCUCUGAGAUAUGCUCUUAGCCUUUAUACACAAACUACUGAUGCCUUGAUAAAGAAAUUUAUAGCAACUCAGACUUCUCAAAGUCAUUCGACCAAUAAUGCAGUAGGUGAGAUCUCUGUACAGGUGGAUGUCUUUACACAUCCUGGAACUGGAGAACAUAGAGUCACUGUAAAAGUUGUAGCAAUUAAUAACCUAAACUGGCAAACAACAGCUAUGUUCCGGCCAUUUGUGGAAGUCUGUAUAUUGGGUCCUAACCUAAGUGACAAGAAGAGAAAACAUGGAACCAAGACAAAGAGCAACACCUGGUCACCAAAAUACAAUGAAACAUUCCAGUUCAUUCUGAGUAAUGAAGAAGGGCUGAGAGCCUAUGAGCUUCACCUCUCUGUGAAAGAUUACUGCUUUGCCAGGGAAGAUCGCAUUGUAGGAAUGACAGUUAUCCAGCUACAGAAUACUGCAGAGAAAGGUAGCUGCGCAUCCUGGUAUCCUCUGCUGAAAAAUAUCUUUAUGGAUGACACUGGGUUGACAAUUCUUAGAAUACUUUCUCAGAGGACCAAUGAUGAAGUUGCUAAAGAAUUUGUGAGACUUAAAUCAGAAACAAGAUCUGUUGAAGAAACUGUCUGAAUCACAAAUAAUGCAAGGGUGACACUGUCAAGAACAUAGAUACAAUGUUGUUGUCUGAAUAGUGCAUGCAUGUGCAAAUCAGUGGGAAUGUUUAAUUAACUCUGUUUCAGUGUUUGCCAGUACUUAAGUACUAUAUUUGCAAGGUAUGUUGAGGCGCUGUACACCUUUUAUACAUAUUUUGGUCUUUGGAAAAGUAAUUGUUACAAUGAAGUGCCAAAACCAAGAUUAAGAGUC